UUCAACAUAGGCUAUGGUGAACUUACUGAUACCUUCAAUUCUUCAAGAGACAAUGUAGGGCAUGGAACCCACACUUUAUCCAUAGCUGGUGGCAAUUUUGUACCUGGUGCUAAUGUUUUGGGCAUGGGCAAUGGUACUGUCAAAGGUGGCUCCCCUAGAGCCCGUGUUGCGUCCUAUAAGGUUUGUUGGCCAGACGAAACCAACGAGUGUGUGGACCCAAAUACCUUAGCUGCCUUUGAAGCUGCAAUUGAGGAUGGCGUUGAUGUUAUCUCGAUUUCUGUUGGUGGAGAGCCCAAAGAGUUCUUUAGUGAUGCACUCUCUGUAGGGGCAUUCCAUGCAGUUGAGCGAGGUAUUGUUGUUGUUUCCUCUGCUGGGAACGUGGGACCAACUCCUGGGACUGUAUCAAAUGUGUCGCCAUGGAUUCUAACUGUUGGAGCUAGUACUAUUGAUAGAGGUUUCACCAAUUUUGUGGUCCUGGGGAAUAAGAAGAAAUUCAAGGGAACAAGCUUUUCUUCUAAGGUGCUGCCAGUUAACAAGUUCUACCCUUUAAUCAAUGCUGUGGAUGCAAAAGCCAACAAUGUCUCCGUUAGUGAUGCAGAAGUUUGCGACGAGGGCUCACUUGAUCCCGAAAAGUUAGCUGGGAAGAUUGUGGUUUGCCUUCGAGGAGGUCUUCCGAGAGUAUCAAAGGGCUAUGUAGCUGCCAAGGCAGGGGCUGUUGGAAUGCUCGUGGUCAACGAUGAGGAAAGUGGGAAUGCAAUUUUAACUGAUUCACAUGUCCUUCCAGCUUCUCAUGUAACCUACGAUGACAGCAUAUCCAUCUUCCAAUACAUCAAUUCUACCAAGACACCAAUGGCUUACAUCAGUUCUGUGAUGACAGAACUGGAAAUCACACCAUCCCCAGUAGUGGCUGAUUUCUCAUCAAGAGGCCCCAAUACAAUAGAGGAGUCAAUCCUUAAGCCUGAUAUAAUAGCACCUGGUGUGAAUAUACUGGCGGCUUACCCCGACGGCAUACCAUUGACAGAAGCACCAUUGGACGAUCGUCAAUCUCCUUUUAAAGUAGAUUCUGGCACAUCCAUGGCCUGCCCCCAUAUUGCUGGCAUUGUAGGCCUUCUCAAAACCCUAAACCCCAAAUGGAGUCCAGCAGCUAUUAAAUCUGCAAUCAUGACAACAGCCAAAACAACAGACAACAAUUUCAAUCCAAUUGUAGACUACGGAGGACUCGAAGCAAACCCAUUAGCAUAUGGUGCCGGACAUGUUAAUCCAAACAGUGCAAUGGACCCUGGGCUAGUUUACGACAUUACAAUCGACGAUUACCUCAAUUUCUUAUGUGCUAGAGGCUACAAUACAACACAAAUAAAAAGAAUAUCAAAGAAGAACUUUGUUUGUGAUAAGUCAUUCAAAGUGACGGAUUUGAAUUACCCAUCAAUCUCAGUUACAAAUCUGAAAAUGGGUCCUGUGGCGAUCAAUCGAAAAUUGAAGAAUGUGGGAAGUCCAGGGACAUACGUUGCUAGAGUGAAGACGCCAUUGGAAGUUUCAAUCAUUGUUGAGCCAAGAAUAUUAGAUUUUACUGCUAUGGAUGAAGAGAAAAGCUUCAAGGUGUUGUUGAAUAGAAGUGGAAAGGGAAAGCAAGAAGGUUAUGUGUUUGGGGAAUUAGUAUGGACUGAUGUCAAUCGCCAUGUUAGGACCCCAAUUGUUGUGAAUUUAGGAGAAUAAAUGGAAUUCUGUUUUUCUUCUUCUCAAACAUGAAUUUAGAUUAAUUCCAAAUAAACCAAAGUUUUCAUCUUUCACAAAUAAAAUAUUUUUGAGGACCAAACUUUAAUUCUUUCGAGAUUGAACAAAUAUGAUAAGGAAGAAUUUUCCAUGCAUUUAUGUA